UGUGAACUUGGAUUGGGAAUUGUGGCAAAUGGAUGUCAAGAAUGCUUUCUUUUAGGGGGAGUUGAAAGAAGAAGUUUAUAUGACACCUCCUCCGGGUUUAGAAGACAUAGUGGCUCCGGGAAAGGUCUUAAGGCUUCGGAAAGCUAUCUAUGGACUAAAACAGUCUCCAAGAGCCUGGUAUCAUAAGUUAAGCUCUACCUUAUUGGCUAAUGGCUUCAAGAGAUCACAUUCUGACCAUACUUUGUUUACUAAACAAGAUAAUCAAGGUAUCGUAGUAGUUCUAAUCUAUGUUGAUGACUUGAUUAUCUCGGGAAGUAACAAAGAAGGUAUCCAAGCUAUUAAGUCUGCUUUACAUUCUUCUUUUGAUAUUAAAGAUUUGGGUGUUUUGAAGUACUUUCUAGGGAUUGAGGUGUGUAGAUCAAAGGAGGGACUGUUUCUCUCACAAAGGAAAUAUGCCCUCGAUCUCCUAAAGAUUACAGGAAAACUUGGAGCUAAACCGGUUGAAACACCAUUGGAGCAAGGCUAUACGGUCAAUCGAAAGGGGGAGAAAGAUGAUACUCCAUAUCAUUGCCCAGAACAAUAUAGAAGACUUGUGGCUCAACACAUGCAAGCCCCUACAGUUUACCAUUGGAGCUUGGUGGAGAGGAUUCUGAGAUAUAUCAAAGGGAGUCCCGGUAAAGGCAUUUGGAUGGGAAGAAACUCAAGCACGGAGAUUGUUGGAUAUUGUGAUGCAGAUUAUAAUGGAGAUCGCAAUAUAAGACAAUCAACAACCGGCUUUUGCACAUUCAUUGGUGGGAACCUCGUAACUUGGAAAACCAAGAAACAGAAAGUGGUGUCAUGUUCAAGUGCAGAAGCAGAAUAUAGGGCCAUGAAGAAGCUUACAAAUGAGUUAACAUGGUUAAAAGCUCUACUUAAAGACUUCGGGAUCGAGCAGAAGACUCCAAUUACCUUUCAUUGUGAUAAUCAAGCAGCCAUCCACAUUGCUACCAAUCCCGUGUUCCACGAGAGGACCAAGCACAUAGAGACGGAUUGCCACAAGACAAGAGAUAAGAUAGAAGAUGGUACGAUUCUCCCUUGUUACACUAAGAGUUCGGACCAAUUGGCCGAUAUCUUUACCAAGGCAGCAAGUAACCAAGUUUGCCAAUUUAUUCAUGGUAAACUUGGUCUUGUAGACUUGACACAUCCUUGAAAAAUAUUCUCCAACUUGUAGGGAUAAUACUCUUUUUCCCUAAGCUUGGUUUUGUCCCACGUGGUUUUCCAAGCUUAGGUUUUUAAUGAGGUUAUUCAUACAAGUGCCAAGUUUAUACACAAUUGGGCAUUGUGGUAUAAACUUGAGGGGGAGUGUUAAUCAAGAAGACAUUUAACACUAACUAAGUCAUAGUUAAGGGUUAAAUGUAGGUUACUUGGGUUACUCGGGUUACAGGUUACUUGGGUUACUCGGGUUACAAGGCUGAAUGAGGGUGUUGUUGGUCUUUGUGCACAACCCAUCUCACACCUAGAUUAUGUUCUCUAUAUAAACGUGUGUGCCUCCUCAUUGUGUUUGACACAUCUUUCAUCAAUACAUUUCUGCUUCUCUC